AGGUGUUGCCCCUCCCCCUUCUCAAUGUUGACCCUUUGGUGAAGUCUCCGGUCUCCGCGCGCAGAAAAGAGGAAGAAAUUAUAAUUAAAUAGGCCCCCGGAUCGAUUAUCUUCGUUUUUUUUAUCAAAUCAUCACUUUUGUCCUGAGCCUGAAAGAUAUUAACGGAGCAGGAGCACGUUUUUCCGCGGUGGCUCGCCCUAAGUUCAGACCGGUGAAGAAUAAAGGAUCUGUAGAUACUCGGUAAUGUCCCGUGUCAUAGAACCGCUGCUGAAAACUCGUCAAGAGAGGAUGAAGGAAAUCAAUUCAAGGAACAAGGAGAAGGAGAGAAUGAAGGAGCGAGAGAAGGAGGCAAGGGAGCGGGAGGCGCGCUACAGCAACGGCCACCUCUUCACCUCCCUCACCGUGUCCGCCACCACGCUCUGCUCCGCCUGCAACCGCAGCAUCACCGCCAAGGAAGCUCUGAGCUGUCCAACGUGUAACGUCACCAUUCAUAAUCGCUGUCGAGACACACUGGCUACCUGCGUCAAGAUGAAGCAAAAGCUGCAGAAGUUGGCCUUAGUGAGGAACAGCUCAGCUCUGCAGAAUGUAACACUUAGGAACAAGACUCCGUUAAUGAAGGAGCGCCCGAGCUCUGCCAUCUACCCGUCAGACAGCCUGCGUGCAUCGCUGCUGGGCUCGAGGAGAGUGAGGUCUGGGCUCUCAUUGGCCAAGAGCGUUUCCACCAAUAACAUCGCAGGUUGUGAGGACUCCCCUGUCGGUCUGAGGAGGAUUCUGUCUCAGUCCAGCGACUCCCUGAACUUCAGAAACCGAGCCAUGUCCCUGGAGUCACUGACAGACGAGGGGGAGAUGUACUACUCCUCUCUGCUGGAGGAGCUGCAGGAGGAGGGUCGCUGUGUGUCCACGGACAGCUGGAGUGUAGCCGUGGACCACAUUUUCCUUCAGAGUCAACGGAAAGACGUCAUCAAACGCCAAGACGUCAUCUACGAGCUCAUUCAGACAGAGUUCCAUCACGUGCGGACGCUGCGCAUCAUGGAGGGGGUGUACCGCCGGGGCAUGCUGGAGGAGGUGCUGCUGGAGCCGGGCGUCGUUCACGCCGUCUUCCCCUGUCUGGAACAGCUGCUGGGCCUCCACCAGGCCUUCCUGGCCCUGAUGAUGACCAGGAGGGCCCAAUCACUGGCCCCUGGCAGCCCCACCAACUUCAACAUCCAGCAGCUGGGAGAUCUCCUGCUGAAUCAGUUUUCAGGUCAGAGUGCUGAAGACAUCCGGAAGGUUUAUUCUGAGUUCUGCAGUCGUCAUCCCAAAGCUGUGAAGCUUUACAAGGAGCUGCUAGCCAGAGACAAGAGGUUCCAGCACUUUGUUCGGAAAGUGACACGAGGUCCUCUGCUGCGUCGUCAUGGGAUCCAGGAAUGCAUUCUCCUCGUAACUCAAAGGAUCACCAAGUACCCCGUCCUGAUACAGAGGAUCUUAGACAACACCAAGGGGAACGAGGAAGAGGUGCAGUCUCUGAGCACCGCGCUGGGGCUGCUGAAGGACCUGAUCAAGUCUGUGGACCAGGAGGUUCUGGAGCUGGAGCGCACCCAGCGGCUGCAGGAGAUCCAGGCCAGGCUGGACCCCCGGGCCCAGACGGAGGUCAGCGGAGGAGGCGUGUUCAGGGGAGGGGAACUGCUCCGCCGGAGGCUGGUGCACGACGGAAACCUCCUCUGGAAGAUCCAGGGCUCCCGCAUGAAAGAUGUGCAGGUUCUGCUGAUGUCUGAUAUCCUCGUCUUCCUCCAGGACAAAGACCAGAAGUUUACCUUCCCCUCGCUGGACAAGCCGUCUGUGGUUUCCCUGAACAAGCUGAUCGUCAGGGACAUAGCCAAUCAGGAGCGGGGGAUGUUUGUGAUCAGUGACUCCACCCCCCCAGAGAUGUACGAGCUCUACGCGGCGUCGAAGGAGGACCGCAAACACUGGAUGACCCUCAUACAGCAGACGGUCCUCAGGUGUCCAUCCCGAGAGGAGUUCGCCCUGAUUGAGACGGAGGAUAAGGCCUUACUGCGACGACUGAGAGCGGACAUCCAGCAGAAGGACAGGGAGGUGCUGGAGCUGCUGCAGGAGAGGGUCACCCUGUUCUCGGACCUGGCUGAGCUCACCAACUCGGGGGAGAAGAGCCCCAAUUCCUCCAACACCCGGAACCUGUUCCGCCUGGACACGCCCCAUGCACCCCACGCUGAGAAACGCCUCACCGACGCCAUCUCUGAAGUUGACCGACUGACUGAGUUAUUGGUGGGAUCGCAGUCGUUAACGUGCAGCAUCGCCAACGGCAACCAGGACCACCCGUGCUCCCCAAACCGAGAGCCCGCCUUAAAUGGAUCAUAUGAGUUCAGCAGUCACAUGUCUGAGGACACCAACGGAAACCGGUUUCAAGAUGGAGGGAUGAACGAGGAAGUAUGUCAGCGCCUGGUCAGCCUCAGUACGACGCUCCAUGCACUCCAGGCGGCGGUGAUCUGCCAGGACUCGGUGCUGGAGCUCUGUGUCCCCGGGGGUCCGACCAGCGGCCUGUCCGCCGGGACCGCCGUGCCCCGCCUCUCCCGCUCGGUGUCCAAAGACACCGGGCUGGACGCCGGCGAGGCCGCCAUGAUGCGCCGGCAGCUGGCGCUGCUGCAGGAGGAGGUGACCCGGCUGAAGCCCCUGGAGGGCCAGCUGGGGGAGAGCGAGAAGGCCCGGGCCCUGGCCGAGAAGCAGCUCAAAGAGAUGGCGCCCAAGGGCCACCGCAGGAACCGGGGCAAGGGCCACGGCAACAAGGGAGAGAAGGCUUCACGGAGGAAGAGCUGCAGUGACAUCGAUAUCCCCACCGUCGCCCCAUUGGCCAGCCAGGAAGCUGUGGACCAAUUAGACGGUCCGAUCCAGGAAGUCAGCGAGGAGGACGAGGAGCCAGAUGUGGUCCGGAUCUCCCCCCGUUCUGACAGCCCCAGAGAUCUCCAAGACAUUCCUGAAGAGAGCGAGUGCGGUCAUGAAACCAUGUCCACUUGAAGGCAGAUCCAGAUGUUUCGUAUCACAUUUAUAUCACACACACACACACAAACACGAACACACACACACACUAAGUCAACAACUAUCAGUUGACAAAGUUGCUGCUUCAGGAAGCAGAAUGUUGUAAUAAUGUAUUAAGCUAGGGGUUUGAUCUGUUAGCCACUAUCAACACGGGUAUUACGUGUCGGUAUGGUAGGGUGACAGACAUCCCCGUUUUCAAUGGACCGCCCCCGUAUCUGGAGGCUUUUAAACAGGGUAAUGACCCCUUAAAAAAUAAAAAGAUUCUAUAAAUAUAUAUAUACUCAUUUUGGGACAGUUGGUAACUAGUGUCGUGUCCCUCUCAUAGGCUGUGAAACCAGCUCACUACACAGGGGUGUAUCUAUCAACUUCAUACCAUAAGUAGUAGGGCUUUGACUCCGAACUUCGUUAUUCGAAUAUCAAAAAAGAAAUCAAAAUUUGAAGGAAUAUUAGGCAGCCCUUAUUAAUAUUCGGACCUGUUAUGCGCAUGCCAAGAGUGAGAGAUGUCGGAGAACCCGACGCAGUCUAUUCAUAAUAUUGUAAUGACCACUCGAGGCAGUGAAUAAAGUAUUGAUUAGACAGCGAUUAGACAGCGACGCCCAAUCCAGGUCUUAUUGAAGGCAUUUAAUGGUCAAAAUAUUAUUAAUAUAUAUUUUAAUAUUAAUAUUAAUAAACAAACUUUGAAUAUGAUUUUUGGGCAAAAGUCAAAGCCCUAAUAAGUAGUAAUGACCGAUCAUGAAUAAUAGGCUAUCAAUGCAGCAUAGAACCAUUCCUUAUUUGAGUGGCCUAGAUGGCUUCCUUCGGGGUGUUUUACCAAAGCUUAAAAACACAUCAUAGUAAACCAUUUGGCCUUCACUGCACAAUACUCUGCUAGGACUACAUUUUCGAUUGAUAAGAAUAGGCUAAAUGUAUUAGCGUUCAUUUCAGAAAUCUGGUCACCUUAUGGUAUAGCAGUUUGGAGGCAAUUCUUUAUCUGUAUAUUACUUUUAAGAACACGCUUUGCCUCUGAGGAUAGUUCAAUAACAAGAGCUCAUCCCUGUCAAGUUAAAACAUUUAGCCAUCAACAACCCCUUGAAGAGGACUGGGGUCAACAUGCUUUAUCCAUAACUGCCUGUACAUCUUUAGAAAGAGGAUGAUGCUAAUUUUUAUGAAGAAGGGCUAUAUACAUUGGCUGUUGGAACUGAAGCCUGCUGACUAGAAGGGUGAAGGGGCACUUGCCCUUCCCAAUGAAGAUAUGUGUAUGUUUUAUGAUCAAUCCUAUUUAAUGUAGCUUUAUACUGAAGGUUACCGUAAUAGUUAGAUAAUGAUGACCACAGUGCUGGAUCUUAUGAUUGUUUAAUCUCUAAUGCUGUCUUUUACAAGCUGAAGGAAUUGUCUGUAUACAUUUUGAUCAUUUAUCAAAAGAAACUGUAAAUGUUUUACUGUAAUAUUGCUGAUAAUUAUUGCAAGUCGAUCUACAUUAUCUGUGUGCUCUUUAUAAAUCUAAUGUAUUGA